AUGUCGUUUAUUAAAAUCCUCUAUGCUCUUCUGGGAGAGUCUGGAUUUGAAGGCAGUUUGAAACCAGCAUCCAAGCAGACAAAAAACAGAGACACUGGCCACAAUUUGACCUUCUUGCUCGGGGAGCCUUGUUCCAGUGCCGUUAUCAAAUCAAAGUGCCAGAUAAGGUAUGAAAAAUAUGCAUAUCUCCUGGACCGUCUGAUAGAAUCCCAUCAACCAGCACUACUACUUGGGGAAGCAGGUUCAGGCAAAACAGUGUUGUGCAAGUCCAUAUCAAACAGAAGACCACACGUGCAGUUAUCAGUUAGUCCACUGCUACAAUCUGCUGAUUUACGAAAUAUCCUUGAGAGUAUGAGCAAUCCCAAGACUCAACCGCAUCAGGGUCUACUUCUUUUUGUUGAUGACUUACAUGAAGCACCUUUUGAUGCUAAGGGAAAAAUAUCAAAACCAUUGGAAACAUUACGUCAGUGCAUCUCAAUGGGCGGAGUACUGACUUCAGAAUGUCUUCACACCAAGCUCUUUGGUUCCGGAGCGAUUAAUUUCCUAGGCACUUGCAGUACUCUUGAAACAACAAACACAAUCAAGAUUUCCCCUCGGCUCUUCAGACUGUUCACUAUCUUGAUACUCCCUGAUACUUCUGUUGAUAUUUUGUAUUCUGUCCAUUCUGCACAUCUAGAGCAAUGGCUAAGAAAGUUCCCGUCCAUGCCAAUCAUUGCAGAUAUUGCACGUUGUAUUAUCACUGCAACCUAUGAUGUCUAUCUAGCUUUACGUGACUGUUUACCCUAUUCACCUAUCACUCCCCAUAUUGUGUUCUCGGUUCAUGACCUUCAAAAAGUAUUCCAGGGGAUGUACAUCUGGAAACCAAUGAUCACAGGUCAGCAGUUACAUCCUACCUCAAACUCUCACUCUUCAGCCUCUCUGGGUCCUGCAGCAAAUGUGCCUAGCAUUGGCCGUCUUUGGAUGCACGAGUGUUGGCGUACCUUUGGUGAUCGUAUUUCUUCAAACGAGGAAAGACAAAUCCUGAUGACAUUUCUAAACAAGGCUUCUGAGAAGAAUUUUAGUAGUUGGCUGGGUAAAACUGGUGCAACCGUAUAUAAUCUAAACCAGCAUGACAACAAUGACAGCAUGGCAUGCACAACAGGAUCUACUGAGUUCCUUGUAGUUGAAGCUGCAGAAUGUAAAUCAAAUUUGGCUGAGCAAUCAGUGGCCUCAAAGGAGCAGCACCAUUCUUGCUCCAGAUUUUUGAGUAGCGGGAGUGAUGCUGAUAGUAUUCCUUUAGCAGAUGUGUCUGAGUCUCAGCUUGAGUCUGAUAUUUCAACUUGUGAACAACCUCAAAUCACCUCAACAAGUGCUUUGCAACUGCUGCAUGAAUUUAGUUCUUCAGUCCAGAAUAUGGUCUUCAGCCAAGAUCUCUGCCAACUCCACAUGUGUAAAGAACAGCAGAACAAAGUCUUGUAUCAGGAGAGAGACCUGGAUGUACUGGUACAACAGCUAAUUCAUAUUGUAAACAGCAAAGAUAAUAACCGAACCAUUGUGUAUCGCCACAUGGUCCUCCAACUGGUACAUAUCUUACGUGCCUUGCUCAUUCCCAGUGGACACGGAGUUCUGUUUGGAGCCACAAAGAGCACAGGCCGAAAGACCACCGUACGCUUAGCAACGUACCUAACGGGAUACCACUUGAUUGAGGUUCAUCGUGGAAAUGAGGGCAAAUUAAGGGAGAUAUUAAAACAGGCCAGGAGUCAGAUUAAUGAGCAUGGUGGACAUGUGGUGUUUUUGAUCCAUGAGGAUACCAGCCAGGCUAUAAGAGAUAAACUGCUGAAAAUUAUGAGUACUGGAGUUUUUCCACAUCAAGAAACAGAGGAUGUAAGAUCAAAUGUCCAUUCAAGUCAUUUAGGAAAAAACAAGUUCAUAGAAAGGUAUUUGAGGCAAAAACAGAAAAAUCUUCAUGUGUUUUUAUUACUGCCUCUCAACCAAAACACUCAAACGGGACAGCUAUCUGGUACUGCGCUACAUAUUACAAGGGCUUUAAAGCUCUGCUGUUGUGUAGAGGUGUACCAGCCUUGGGGUUAUGAGGAUUUAGUUGAAAUGGCCUUUCUUCAUCUAAAGUGCAAUCUUCAGACUAAAAUGACGGAUAUUAGAGUUGACAAGACCUUGGUGGAUAGUAUUGCUCAGGCAAUGGCUUCAAUACACCAGUCUGCAACAAAAUAUGCCUCAGCUUUCCUAAAUAUUCAGCCGUAUGGCCCAAAGACCUAUGCAGACUUAAUAGCAGACUUUUAUCACCUCUGUGAGCACCUUUUUGAGCAAAGGAGAGAAAACUCCAGCAGGAUGGCAGUAGUUCAGGACCGUCUGAGGGACAUGAUGAACACAGCACGGCAGUACAGCCAAGAGGUUUCCAGGCUUAAAGACAAAUUUAAGGAGACACAAAAGCAUCUAAGCCAGUUGAAAAAGUUGGUGGACACUGAGUGCACACUUUGUGAAGAAACCCGUCAGCAUUGCUCACUGGAAGAGGGUCACCUUUCUUUUCUGGAAGAACAGUUGAAGACUAAAGAAGAUUCUUCCAAACAGGUGAACCCAUUAUAUGAGGCAUCUCUUAAGGCCCUGCUGUCUUUGAAUCAGUCCGAUCUGGAUGAGGUGCGACACUACAGACAACCCCCUGAUGGAGUGGUGAUGCUGAUAAACGCAAUAUGCAUGUUGUUUAAUCGCCCCUCUAACUGGGAAAGCGGAAAACAACUUUUAGGGCAGGCACAUUUCUUACAGGAUCUGGAGUUCUUCGACCGCUCGAAUUUAAGCGACGAGUUGUUUCAAAAGCUGGGCGAAAUCGUCCAUUCGCCCAACUUCCAACCCCACGUAGUGCGUGUCGUAAGCCAGGCCUGUGAAUCUCUGUGCUCCUGGGUGCAUGCAGUGUACCGGUAUGCCUGCGUUCAGCGUCAUAUAGCCCCACAGGAAGCGCGCAGAGACCAUUUGAAGAACCGCAUGGCUGAAAUCCGUGCACGGCUGCGGGUGGCUCGGCUGCAGGAGGAAGCUGCACGAGACAGGUUGGAGGACACUAAGAGGCAACUACAGGUCGCGAGGAAUGCUUUGGAGGACCUGGCAACCCAGCUCCAUGACAGUAAAGCAAAACAGAAGCAGGCUGCUGAUGUGUUCAAACAGCUGGGCUACUAUAUUGAGAAAUGGAACACAGAUGAAAAGGAAAUAGAAAUCUUUAGCCAGGUCAUACCAGGUGAUGCCCUGCUAUUAGCUGCUGCAAUAACCUAUUUGGGCCCGUUUGGGUCUGACAUCCGGCUGGAUCUCAUACAGAAGUGGCAUAAGAUGUGUCUCACGGGCAAGAUAGACCUCAGUCCAGAAGACCCAAGGAAAUCUCUGCUGCAUGGACAACAGUUCAUUUCUUCUGAAGAUCCUCAGUUUGUGCCGAUUCCUGUAGGGACAGAAGUUCAGAGGAUCCUGGCUCAAGCAGUUCGGGUGAAUCAACAUCAACAUCUCAGCCAAACAGGGAUCCACCUUCUCAUCUUGAAACUGCUGCUGUGGGGACAUAAAGCUCGGUGGUCUAACCAAUUUGUUUUGCUGGCAGAUACACUGCAACAUGAGAGGCUCAGAUUUCUUGAACAGAUUUUAAAAAAGGAUGAUAAAGCACAGAAUGAAAGUGACUUUGAGGUUAUUGUGUCUUCUGAUGACCCAGAAUUGCUUUCUAAAAUCAGUCAUGGGGCAAAGAAAGGUUUAAAAGUGCUGGUUACUGAGAUAGAAUGUGCUCUGCCAAGUGAAGAGUUCCUCAACGUGUUGGAUCGCUCAACUGGUCCAGUUCAAGCACCUCACCCUGAAUUUCAGCUGUUUCUAAUUACUGCUCUACCAGUACGAGCUCUUAAGGAUGAGAUUCACCCCAUAAUACUGGCAAACGUUAAAGUCAUUGAUCUGUCUCCAAGUACAUCUGAAAUCCAGAGUGUUAUUCUGUCUGACAUAAUCCAGUCAGAGGCUUCAGAGCUUUGGGCACAACAUUGCCACUUCCAGAGAGAAAAACAAGUCCUUCAGGAUGAGCUCAAUCUCAAGGAGGCUUCUGUGAUGGAGUUCGUCCUGCAGACUUCCACACCAUUACUACAAGAUCCAGAGUUUUUUCAACACGUGUCAAUAUGUUGGACAGCCACACUGAGUCUUCAAGCAAAGAUCGAAGCCCUGGUGAAGGAAGUAGAUGCACACAAUCAACUAUUGAAGGAUUUUGAAGACAUAGCAGCACUAGCAACAGCUUUCUAUAAAGCUCUCCAAGAUGUUGGACGCCUCUCUUGCUUCUACUACUUUCCCCUGUGCAAGUUCUUGCUCACUUUGAAGGGAAUGUUGGACAGUACAUCCAAUAGGAACCUACAUGGUCAUUCUGUAAGGUUAGAAACUUCACACAGGAUGGUGGCCAAGAUACUUGCUCAAUAUACGCCUGGUCUGUCCAAGAACCAUGCAGAACUGCUCCGGCUGCUUUUGUGUGUCGAGUUCCUCAAGCGAAACGAGGGCUGCUCUGAGACCGAACAGGUCAUCUUCCUCAAAGGAUUUAGCAACAUACAAUCCCCAGGAGAUCUCUUACCUGAACAGUCUGCUUCUGAGCUUCCAAGCUGGAUACCACCCACUGCAAAAGCAGCUCUUAUUCUCCUAGAGAAACUCCCAUCUUUCCAUGGUUUGGUCUCCUCUUUAAAGAAUUCUUCCAGACAAUGGCAGGAGUACUUCCGCUUUCCUUCAUCCACUGUGGUUGGACCCGUCCCUUGUCAGUCGCACACUCACCUCACAAUGUUACAGCGAGCGAUUCUUUGGAAGACCCUCUGUCCACAAUGGCUCGCAGCAGUGGCAGAUGAUCUGUUUGCUUGUCAGCAAGGAAAGUCUGUGAGUUCAGGUGUUUCCAGGGACUCUUACCUCAGUGCUCCAGAAUUAAUCUCUCACUUUUUAUCCAGAAAUGAGGGUCCUGUCAUUAUAACCCUGCAGGGGGGAAUCAGUGGUGAUUCAGGAAGUAUCCACCCUCUCUACUGGAUUAAGCAAUGUGCUGCUUAUCAAGCAAAUAAGACGGGGGUGAAGGUGAUGGUAAUUUCUUUUGGAUCUCAGUGCCCAAGAGACGCUGUUCUCUCAUCACUUGAUGCAGCUGUUCAGGCUGGUCACUGGCUUGUCUUAAAUAACUGUCACCUGCUGGAUCAUUGGAAUGUUGAUGUGGUUCAUCGUCUACGACAGUUGAUGUCCUACUCAACACAAGGUUAAUAAAGUAUAAAGAAGUAUAAAGAAGAAGAAAAAAGAAAUACAACAAGAAUCAUUGGAGGCGAUGUAGGCAGUCAGGUUCACCCACUUUUUCGACUGUGGUUUAUAACAAAAGACAACUCUCCUCUUUCUGUUCCAGCAUUUGUGAGGAUGCGUGCCUUGCAUUUGGUGUGUGACUCACACAGGGACAUGAUGGAGGAGCUUUGUUGUUCUCUGAGACAAGUGACAUCUGCAAUUUCUCCAGCUACUACAGCUCAACCCAGUGCAAAUAUCAUGGAACCUCUUAUUCAAUCUGCCAUCAUUCAUUCUGUGUUACUGCAAAGACAGAAACUCAGACAUCUAGGACAACGAUGCAUUUACAAAUGGACUGAGGAGGAUCUGCUGGCUCUGGUUGAUGCACAAAUCCACAUUGCUAAACAAUGCAGUGACCCCACUGCUACACUGGAAUACAUAGCUGCUCAUCUGAUAUAUGGUGGUCAUGUGUCUGACCCCGCUGACCUACAAGCUGUAAAAGCAGUGUGCAGAGUUUGUCUAACUCGUCCACUUCAAUCAUGGGGCAGUGGAUUUCAAUCCCUUUCCGAAGUGAUGAGCACGACUGGACGUUUCGAUCUGAGGUGCCUUCAAACCUCACUUUACAACACCGGUCCACCACUCCUGGGCUUCAAUGCCGUGAUGACAAGUGAGCUGAUCAAAUUAAGAAGUCAAACACUAGGCAUCCUUCUCCUUGAGUCACAAGGCUGCUUUGUUGCUGGCAGCACCAUGAACUGUCAUCAAGAGCUUAUUGAGUACACAACAGCUCAAGAAAGAUUGCAAGCCUUGCAGGACAAACUAAAAUCGAAGCAGGGGAGCAGAGGAGUGGGUGUUGGAACAGUAUCACAGGGAGCAUUGCACACUUUCCUUCUGACAGAGUGGGAGAACCUUGUUGAGACGGUGUCCUGCUUGCUUACAGAUGUUUCUCAGUCAUCAAAAGGCCAUUCUGCUGCUCUGGGUGUAAGAUCAUCAGUCAUUUCAGAAUUGGAGACUCGGACAGACCUGCUGCAUGUGUAUCUAGGGAUAGAAUCCAAUGGAUCAGCUUAUGUCUACAAUUUAUCUGCCUUUGAUAACCCCCGUGGCUUUCUGGCAGCCUUGAUCAGGCAGAGUGUCCAAGUCCAACAGGAAGAGUUCAGCCAGGUUUCUCUUCAUUUUGAGGUGCUAGCUGCUGCAGAUUUUCCAGCUUCUAAGCCCUCAGAUGGGAUCUACCUUUCAGGACUGGAACUACAUGGAGCAUUGUGGAAUACGCAUCUCGGUGCUCUGCACGACACUCUGUCCCCUAAACCAUGUCCUUUUCCUCUACUUGGGGUCAGAGCUCGAGUGACAAAAGCGGAUGUUAGCUACUCUCCUAACAGUUCAAAGUCCGGUUCCUGCCUUGUGUCGAUCUACAACUGUCCUCUAUACCUGCAGAGUCAAGACAGAGACUCGAGCUGAAGCAUCUUGUGUCUUGGCGAACUCAAAUGAGUAGAAGUGGCUGUUUUCAGUGUCCUGAAGAUAAUUGAUGCAAAAGACAAAGAAAUAAAAACAGUUAGCA